CAAAUGUCACCUCCUCGUCUCCUCCCCAUUUGCUCUGCCGCUCCUUUCUCCUCCCGCCUCCACCGCACCCUCUCUACUAAUCUACACAAUUCUUCUGCUCCCACCUCGUCUCCCCAAUUCCGCCAUUGCCCUCCAUCUCCCAUGUUCAGAACCUUCCUAUCCCCUUCUUGCCUCCGCACUUCACUCGCCGCCGCUCUCUGCUCUCCAGCACACCGACUCUGCCGCCGCCGCUCCAUUCCUCCUUCUCUUCCACUUGUUCGUCGAUUUCGUACCUUCGCCGCCUCUUCCAUGGCCGAGCGCCCGUCGGAAGGGAACACUUCCAAUCCUUCCACCCACACCAACCGUCUCGCUGCGGAGCACAGCCCUUACCUUCUUCAGCAUGCUCAUAAUCCGGUUGAUUGGUAUCCAUGGGGCGAGGAAGCUUUCGCUGAAGCAAGGAGAAGAGACGUUCCUAUCUUCCUUUCAAUCGGAUACAGCACAUGCCACUGGUGUCAUGUCAUGGAGGUCGAGUCUUUUGAGGACGAGGGAGUUGCCAAAUUGUUGAACGACUGGUUCGUUAGCAUCAAGGUGGACCGGGAAGAACGACCCGAUGUUGAUAAGGUCUAUAUGACAUUUGUACAGGCUUUAUAUGGUGGUGGAGGGUGGCCACUCAGCGUGUUCCUCUCCCCGGACUUGAAACCUUUGAUGGGUGGAACUUACUUCCCUCCUGAUGAUAAGUAUGGAAGACCAGGGUUUAAGACAAUACUUCGAAAGGUGAAGGAUGCUUGGGAUAAUAAGAGGGAGAUGCUGACUCAAAGUGGAAACUUUGCUAUCGAACAGCUCUCAGAAGCGUUAUCAGCAACUGCAAGUUCAAAUACACUUCAAGAUGGUGUUCCACAAAAUGCAUUGCGUCUGUGCGCGGAGCAGCUUUCCCAAAGCUAUGAUUCACGGUAUGGUGGUUUUGGUUCUGCACCAAAAUUUCCUCGACCCGUGGAGAUCCAACUGAUGCUCUAUUAUUCUAAGAAGUUGGAUGAUUCUGGGGAAAUAAGUCAAGCAAAGGAAACCCAGGCAAUGGUUCUGUUCAGCUUGCAAUGCAUGGCAAAAGGAGGAAUCCAUGAUCAUGUUGGAGGUGGCUUCCACAGAUACAGUGUGGAUGAACGUUGGCAUGUUCCUCAUUUCGAGAAGAUGUUAUAUGAUCAGGGUCAACUUGCUAGUGUAUAUUUGGACGCCUUCACCAUUUCAAACGAUGUCUUCUAUGCAUGUUUGUGCCGCGACAUCCUCGAUUAUUUGAGGAGAGACAUGAUUGGAGGAGAAGGUGAAAUACUAUCAGCAGAAGAUGCUGACAGUGCUGAGAAUGAAGGUGAUAAACUGAAGAAAGAAGGAGCUUUCUACAUAUGGGCUAGCAAAGAGGUCGACGAUAUCCUUGGAGAGCAUGCAAGUCUUUUCAAAGAUCAUUAUUACAUAAAGCCCCUCGGGAACUGUGAUCUUUCUAGAAAGAGUGAUCCACACAACGAAUUUAAGGGGAAGAAUGUACUGAUAGAGUUGAAUGAUAUGCUUGCUUUAGCAUCAAAGUAUGACAUGCCUGUGGAGAAAUAUCUCGAGAUUCUAGGUGAAUGCAGGCGAAAGCUCUUUGAAGUGAGGUCAAGACGGCCUAGGCCACAUUUGGAUGAUAAGGUAAUUGUAUCAUGGAAUGGUCUUGCGAUCUCAGCGUUCGCUAGAGCAUCUAAAAUUCUGAAGCAUGAAAGUCCGAGCACAAGAUAUAAUUUCCCACUUACUGGCUGUGAUCCGAAGGAAUACUUGGAGGUAGCAGAAAAGGCUGCAUCUUUUAUCAGAAGGCACCUGUAUGAUGAACAGACUUGUAGACUCCAGCACAGCUACAGAAAUGGUCCAUCAAAAGCUCCUGGCUUCUUAGAUGAUUAUGCAUUUCUUAUUUCUGGGCUGUUGGAUCUGUAUCAGUACGGUGGUCGAACCAAUUGGCUUGUUUGGGCCACUGAACUGCAGAAUACCCAGGAUGAAUUGUUCUUGGACAGAAUAGGAGGGGGAUACUUUAAUACAACGGGGGAGGACCCUUCAGUUCUCCUGCGAGUGAAGGAAGACCACGAUGGGGCAGAGCCCUCAGGGAACUCGGUCUCUGCAAUUAAUCUCAUAAGAUUGGCAUCCAUGACUUCAGGGAAUAAAUCCAACCGUUACCGGCAAAACGCAGAGCAUUUAUUGGUACGAAUAAUGCUGCACAUGAUUGCUCAGUGUUUAAGUUUUCUCGAAUUAUGAAAAUCUAUUGAGAAACUUGCGGUAAAUGACGAUGCAGGCAGUUUUCGAGGGCCGGUUAAAAGACAUGGCUAUGGCAGUACCCCUGAUGUGCUGUGCUGCAGAUAUGUGCUCUCUGCCUCAUGGGACCCAAGUUGUGCUUGUCGGCCGCAGGUCAUCGGAGGAAUUUGAGAACAUGCUUGCUGCUGCUCAUUCCUCAUUCGAUCCCAACAGAAAUGUGAUGCAUAUUGAUCCUUCCGACCACGAAGAGAUGAAGGUUUGGGAAGAGAACAACAGCAACAUCGCAGAAAUGGCGAAGAAGAAUUUUUCAGGUGAUAAGGUGGUGGGUCUCGUCUGCCAGAACUUCACUUGCAGUCCUCCAGUUACUGACCCUAGGUCUUUGGAAACCCUACUGUCCAAGAAACCUGCAUCAUGAGAUGGGAGUGUCUGCAUCUGAGGGCAUAUAUACGCGCCACGUGGCUAGUAUUGUAUAUAGUUCCAGCCAUCAGCCACUGAUGCAUCAUGCAUGCGGUGGACGUCGGCUCGGCUCUGCUCUUUUUUAUGUUUGUAGCUGUAGUUUGGUGGAUGUCGACUGACGGGAGUCUGUAUCAUACAAUAAGAUUGUAGUUUUCUUCCCUAUCGACAUUUCUGCAAAUGAGAAGGGAGGGAAGAAGUGUUGCACGGUGUAAGCUCAUCUUAUGCCCAUACAUUUCUCAUGCGAAUGGGGCUCCUCAAAGUAACACUUCAAUAAUCGGUAGAAAGAUGUAAGGAACUUUUCUGUGGUACAAUCCUCCCAGACUCGGACCAACUAGCCAAAGGCGCGCCCUUACACAUGGCGGAAGGCUGAUGAUACAAAAUCAGAGUAGAAUACGGACACUUUCAGUAUUUUGGUUAUAGGGUUUUAGAUGCAAAAGCAGAGUUUGGUAUUAAUUAUACUGAGCAUUUUCGUGAUGGUAAUUGUCCAUCCGUGGUAAUUUUAUGGGUAGAGCAUGAGUGAACUAUAAAUGUGAAUUUGAGUUGGGUUUGAGUAGAGUAUGAAUAUUGCUUUUAUAUUUUAAAU